GACCACAUGUUGGGUUGAUGUGACAAGCACGCAUCACCAGCGGCUCAUUCUCCAGCAGGACACCCGAAAACACUUCUAGAUUCAACGGACAGCUGAAACAUCAGUGCGUUCCAGUCUCUCUCUCAUUAAAAAAAGCAGCUGUAAAGUUGCCUCCUCUAUUCUGAAUCCCAAUCCAUCUGCCCAAGGAGCUCUAAACAUCCGUGUACAACAACCAUCAACAGGGGUGAGGAAAACAGGAGACUGUUGAAGUGACUGUGAACAUGUUGUCGAUCUCAAACCGGAACCUUUUGAGCUGCACAGACCUGGAGUGCCAUGGAACGCUUCAAAUGGACUAUCAGUUCGGUGAAUUAAUCGAUGUCGCGUUUGAAAAAAUAGUCCUUUAAUGGCCCUGAAUGGGACGACUGCUGAACUCAGAUCCUCUGCGAUAUCGACUGAGAUUUUGAAAGACAAAAGCUCUGAAAAUUGGCUCAUGGAGCAGAAGGUGUCUCUGGGAAAUGCACUUCUCAAUUACUCGAUGGAUUUCAAUUGUAGUGGAGACAGAAAUAGGUCGGUAGAUUUGUCCUUUAAUGGCCAGAAGAACUGGGUGGCUCUUUUGAUUUCGCUGGUCAUAAUCAUCACAGUGACUGGAAACAUUCUGGUCAUCAUGGCAGUGAGCUUGGAGAGGAAGUUACAGAAUGCCACCAACUACUUCUUGAGGUCUUUAGCCAUUACGGACAUGCUUCUGGGUCUCCUUGUAAUGCCAGUAGCCAUGCUGACGAUCCUCUACGGUUACACUUGGCCACUCCCCCAGGCCUUAUGUCCUAUCUGGAUCUACCUGGACGUUCUCUUCUCCACGGCCUCUAUCAUGCACCUGUGCACCAUCUCUCUGGACCGAUACAUCGCCAUCCGUAACCCCAUCCACCACAGUCGCUCAAACUCUCUUACAAGAGCCAGAGUCAAAAUCACAGCAGCCUGGACCAUCUCUGUGGUUAUCUCCAUGCCUGUCCCAGUUCUCGGCCUGCACGAUCACUCCAAAGUCUUCCGGAAUGAAAGCUGCCAGCUGACGGACGACAAUUUCGUUCUGAUCGGCUCUUUUGUGGCGUUCUUCAUCCCGCUCAUCAUCAUGGUCGUAACCUACUUUCUCACCAUCCGUGCUCUGCAAAGCGAAGCGACUUUGUGCCUGGACCAACUGGUCGUGCGGCCAAAAUGGUCGGCCACUAUACUUUUCCCUCGUGGCUCGCUCUCGUCCGAGCGCCUCUUCUCGCGUUCGUCUAUCUGCCGUGACGGGGCUUCCAGCCGUCGCUCCAUGCAGUCCCUCAGCAACGAGCAGAAGGCGUCUAAAGUGCUUGGCGUGGUCUUCCUUCUCUUUGUGAUCAUGUGGUGUCCGUUUUUCGUGACAAACGUGAUAGCGGUGGUGUGCGGCUCGGCGUGCGACGAAGAUCUGGUGGGGGGACUGAUGAACGUGUUUGUCUGGGUGGGUUAUCUGUCAUCGGCGGUCAACCCUUUCAUCUACACGCUCUUCAAUAAGACUUACCGUGCCGCUUUCGCCCGGUACAUGCGUUGCCGCUACCAUGAGGAGAGGAGGCCUCUGCAGAUGAUCCUUGUCAACACCAUCCCUCCUCUGGUGUACAGCUCCCCCGGGCUUCCCUUGAAGGUGGAGAACUCAUUAAGGAAGAGGGCAGAGGGCAGUCGGUCUGGGAGCUUCUCCAACACAGAUAGGUCAAACUCUAGAAACACUCAAAACAAGCAGGAAAGGGAUGAGGUAGUAAGCCAUUUGUGAGACUAGAAACAGACUCUGGAGUUUUUAAUUAUGGCCCACAUCAACAGACCUUAGAGAUCGUCUUUUUUUAGGUGUAAAGGCUUGAAAAAAUAAGUCUUUUAUUUUAAUAUGUGUCCACCUGUGCAGCAUAGCACAGUCAGCAGAUUGUAUUACCUACGGCUCGAAGCCAAAAGAGAAGACGGAUGCUUUAUAUUGUUUCAACAGCAAUAAAGGCUCACAACUCUCUAUGUGGGACUCGCAUCACAAUUUUCUGUUUAUUUUGUACAAGAUUUGUAAAAAAAAAAAAAAACUCACUGUAUAUGUUUUACACAAAUAUCCAUGUUAUGAAUGAAAUGUUAAUUUAUAAUAUAUUGUAUUGUGAAGACCUCAUGAUUUGUGGGUAGAUUAAAUAAACCGU